AUGACUACACUACAGCAUUUACCAUCCGAUUUGGAAACUGAAUUAGAAUCUGUUACUACUUCAAACAAUGACUUUGCUGACCUGCUAGGACAAAAACUACAAAGGAGCCCCAAUGAUAUUGACACUUGGAAUCAGUUGUUCAGUACUAUCGACAAGGUCAUUAGCGAUAAUAUAUCUCAGGAUGAUACCACCAAAACUACACUAUCUGAUGAAGUGAAAACCAAAAUACAUAACACCUAUAAAACGUUGUUGACCAGAUUUCCGUAUUUGGAAGAAAUUUGGAAAAAGUGGCUGGUGGUUGAAUACAAAAUGGAUGGACUUGAGGCAUCAAUUGAGAUCCUAAGAAUGGCAGUUGAGUCCUUUCCCCACUCGGUUAGCCUAUGGACUGACUAUUUGACCGCUUUGAAGUCUACCCAAUGUGCUGAUUCUGAACAAUUUAGACUAACUUAUACGGAAGCAUUACGAUAUAAUGCGUACAAUUUUGUUUCUCAUCCGAUCUGGGAUAAAGCUAUUGAAUUUGAAACAGAGACUCAACCAAACUCUAAAGAAGUGUUGUCAUUGUACUUGAAGGUGGUUAAUAUUCCUCUAUAUCAAUAUGCGCAAUAUUAUAGUCAAUUCUCCGAGAUCAACAAGAAUUUCGAUAUACACGAAUUGAUAGACGAGGCAAAGUUGAAUGAUUACGUGGAGAAAUUUGGAAAAUUAAAAACUGAAGACUUGUCUUUAAUAGAGAAGCAUCAGAUCAUAGACGACUAUUUUGCAACUAUAUUUGCUUCUACACAAGCAAAAGUUAGCUCCAAUUGGGAGUACGAGCAACUACUAUUGCAUCAAGAUUUCUCAUUUGACAGAAAGGGAAUUGAAGAGGAGAGAACUACUUGGGUUGAGUAUAUCGAUAGAGAGAUUUUAAUUUAUCAGGUCGAUAAUGAUGAAAAUCGAUUUGCUCUCAUUUGUAGCUUGUUUGAAAGAGCAUUAAUACCGAAUUGUUUUGAUGAAGAUCUAUGGUUGAAAUAUAUCAAGUUCAUCGACGGGUUAGGGAUCCCCGAUGAGAAGAAAUGUGAACUAGAGAGAGAGAUAUACAUACGAGCAAAUGCAAAAUUCAUUCCAUUGAAUCAAUGCAAGGUGAGAAAAUUGUAUGCAUACUUUUUAUUGAAACAAAAUGACAUUGAUUCGGCUGUCGAGUAUUUAUUUGAUUGGAUGAAGCUGCUUAGUGGUACCUCAAAGCAGUAUUUCAAGUUACCAUACUUGGAAAUGACCCGUGAGAUCAUACAUAUUUGGAAAAUGCUGCUAGACAAGGAGAAGUUUCUAGAGGCGAUGGAGCUUCUCCUUGACAAUUAUUUUGAUAAACGUAAUGAGGAAAAAAGGAUGAAGUCAGAGAAUAAAGAAGCAUCAAGGAAUUGUGGUGCAUGCCAAUUACCGGAUGCUCUAUUGUACCUGUUUGCCAAAUUCCUUAAUGAAGAUUCAAUUCCAAUAAUUGUUGAUCAAUGCCUAGAAGUAUACAAAUGUCAAGGGAACUCUGUCAAGAUUAGGACCUUAUUCAAUAAAUACCACAGGGAACCCAGUUUAGUAAAAUCACCAUCAUUCUGGAAAUUUAUUUUUAAAUAUGAAGGUAUUGUUGAAAAUAACUUGUCCAAUUUGAAACUGAUCUACAACUUCAUUCGAGUAGAAUCACAAUUGCCCAAGCCAAUAAUAGACAUGUUUGUUGAUUGGUAUUAUGACAUUGCAUCCGCCAACAUAAGAGAAUAUUUGGUAAUUAACAAUGGCCGAUCGGAUGAUAGUAUGAUUUUCAAAGAUUUGGAAAUGUCUAAUUCGCUAUAUUAUAACAAAUUGACAACAAAACGUUUAGCCAAGAAUAAUUACAAAUUCAUUGAUAAUCCAAAGUCCAUGGCAGAUCCAGAACAGAGCUAUCUUGACUUAUGCUCGAAACAAGCUGGUCAUCCUGGCGUGUUUAUUGAUGCUAAUCCAGAAAUUACAAACUCAUUCAUGAAUAGGGGUAGGUAUAUUGAUCUUACAGAGGAAGCAAUUCCCACCCCACUACUACCUACUUUCAAAGGGGUAGAGAAAGCUCAAGCUUUAGGUAAGAAGAGGGCUCACAUUUCACGUACAACAAAAAAGUGA